AUGGAGCACCUCGAAAUGCAACGUGAACGAACAUUUAUGAAAGAACAACGCAGCCUACAUAUAACUGAAUUUGGCUUCAAUACUGGUCGUUCGGAAGGAAUCACUCAUAUUCCAUGGAAAUUGAUACCGCUUACGGAUGCUAUAUUUUUUGAACGUCGAGGUUCGCAGAGUGAAGCGAAAAAAAUUGAGGAAGAGCGGCAAAAGACUAUUAUGAUGCCAUUUUAUGAUCCCUCGCCAGCCGAAUUGGCGGAUGCUGAACCAGAAUUGUUGACUGGUGCUAUAUUACCACCAACCGAAAUACCUUUGGAAUCUGAAGCCGAUGAUGAAGAUCUUAAUCAGGAUGCUGCUACCACUGCUAGAGGUUCAGCAAGUCAUAAUCAUAAAAAAUUAAUGACUGAACUAAAAAAGAAGGGCCUUGUUGGUUCAAGUUCUGAUUUAUUAAGCAUACUCAAUAAAGUAUCUUCAACUACUUCUGCUGUUACUGGUACAAUAGGAACAUCAGUUCUUUCCGCAUCACAACUCCCUGUGACCACAACUCCAACCUAUUCUCAGUUAACAACACAUUCCGCUCCAAAUAUUCUCAAUAUGUCUUUACCGCCACCUCGUUUUGCUCAUGGACUUCCAGUGCCAUCUGUAUUAUCAGCAGGUCAAUAG